ACUUGUUCGAUGAAAUCGAUCAGGCGCUGGACGCGCAGCACCGCAAGGCGAUCGCCAACAUGAUCCACGAGCUGUCGUCGUCGGCGCAGUUCAUCACCACCACCUUCCGGCCAGAGCUGCUCGAGCACGCGCACAAGUUCUACGGCGUCAAGUUCCGCAACAAGGUAUCUCACGUCGAAUGCGUCACACAGGACGAGGCUCGAGACUUCGUGGAAGACAGCGCGCAACACGCGUAAUACCACUACUCGGCAGUGGCACAGUACUAAAAUGCUUGUCUUAUAUUUAUUACACUGCGUUAUGAGUGAGGCGGAGUUUUCAUACAAAUGACGAAUAAUAUUAUGAGAGUGGCGUCGGAAAACACCGAAAGCCCACAACGCCGCGAUAGAGCUGGAUCUUUAUGUUUAUUUUGCACAAGUAAUUCAAAUAUAAUUAAUUUCUAAUAAAAUUCUUAUACAAUGUGCAUCCGUGGCCUAGUUAAGUUGGGACUUACCGAGGCGGUAAAAUUAGCUAUUUAACUAUGCGGACAACGGCGAAGAGGAAAUUCUUAUGCAUAAUUUUGUUAACUACAGAUUCAUUUCGCAACUACAUAUCCAAAACCAUCUUUAGGCUAAUUACGAUGACUGAAAUUCACUCAAUUUCCAAUUUGACAUGUUCAUUGUUAUAGAGUAAGACAUUUUUAAUAAAAACAUUUCUUAUUAUUUAACGUUUUCAUCACUUAAAAUACAAAUUGGUCAUGAAUGAGACAUGACCAAAUUAUUGGAAUCGUUAGAGCAUCAGUCCGUCUUGUUAUGAAAUCCUGGGACGCGAAAUUAACAAACUGAAGUCGAUGACGAGGACCUUGUCAAAUUCAAUAAUUUUUAACCUACUUCAACAAAAUGAGGAGGUUCUCAAUUCGGUUGGUAAGUUUUUUUGGAGAGCUAAUGCCGUUGACUAAUGACGUUUCUUGAUUCCAAUAGAUAUCUGAUGAGUUCUAAUGCUGCGGGACUUUUUAGAUAUAAUUUUAAGUUUAUUUUUAUUCAAAUUUUUAUACAGCAGGACAUGAGUAAUGUAUCAUGUCAUACGAUGGAGUUCAAGUAAUUAAAUAAAUAAGACGAUUGAGCUAUUUUUUUACUGUAGUAUUUUAAUCCUAGUAAAUAAGAUAGAAAAACUAGAUUCGGAUUACAUUUUUUUAUUAUUAAGUAUCUGAUUGCGAAUGUAUGAAGUUCUGUGAAAAGAUGAAUGAUGUGACAAUGUUAUAGAACAUCACAAAUCAUUAAUAUUCUAAAUGAGCUGUUAUUGUUUUUAAAGUAUGAAGUGAUGUUGUCAAUGAUAGUAAUUAAAGAUUGCCUUACCUGAAGUAAAUGUUUAUUAUAAUACGAUAUUUUUGUCUCAAUAGCAACUGGUGUUGAGCAAAUAAAAGAAUACGUUAAAGAA